AUGUUUGUCUCAUCUCUCAUUCUUCUCGCAGGAGGCGCGGCAAUGGCUGUGGCAGAUGGAUGCCACGGCGACAACCUACUCCGGGCUAUGGAGCGGCACAACGGGACGAUGUACUGCUCCAUGCUCCUGAACUCUGGUGACGCCACUGGGACGCUGAGUUUACCGGAUCCUAUGCCGACGAGUUAUCCCGCCCUAUCCGUAACAUCAGCGUGCUCUUGUCUUCUCAGUCUCGACCCAACACCUCGGGCACCUUGCCACGCAAAUUCGACGUCAACGCCGGCAGCUGAUUACUCUACUGAAGUCGAUGAUCCCGGAGCAACUAACGCAGCAUCAGCCACGGCAGCCUCGGAUUCCCAUACCAUUCCAACAGCCCACGCAACUUUCGCAGGGGGUUACUCUUAUUCCUUCCCCGGCCCAGCUAUCCCAUCCGAGACAGCGUCGACGUGUGGUUGGAGCGAGGUGACCGCCACAGUCCAAGUCACAGAAACGCAAGUCAGCACGAUCUACAUCUACAGCUCCGAGAUCCCAAACCCAAGCAGCGCGCAGAGCCUUUCGUCCGUGAGUGACGGCGACAGCGGUGGUCGGCCUGUCCCGCUUUCCACGACGAAGACUAUCACCGGCAACGCUAGUGGGACUGCAUCUGGAUUCGUGUCGACUGUUACGUUGAUCGGAGACUCUACCGUUAGUUUGCCCACGCAACCUGGGACGACGGUUGAAUCGACGGCAGCAGUGCCAAGAGUGAUUACGGUUACCAACGGGAACUACACGACAGUCAAGACGAUUUUUGGGAGCGCCUCUGAGCCGAGUUCUACAAAGUCCAUGGUGGGAAUCACUUCGGUUAUCAACGGGGUUACGACGACCAUCACUGGAGCUCCUGGAUCGUCUUCUUGGAGUCUGUCUUGGCUUUCUAGCACUACUGGUGCUCCGAGCCAACAAAUAACAGUCGGUACGCCCAUUGUUCCACCUGCAGUCACCACAAUCACGAGUGAUGUCGGCGGGGUGGCAUCGACUUGGGUCGUUACGCUCGGCAGAAGCACCAGCAGCGGUCCUUUCGCCAACAGCAGCACACCGACUCAACUCCCGACCCCAGAAACCACCCCGGGUGCCUUCACUGUCUUCACGAGCAUCAUCAAUGGGGAUGCUUCGACGUGGACCGUGAUAGGUGGCUCAACUCUUGUCGGUUCUCCCAACUCGACCUCGCCCACGUCCACGCCAAGCCCCUCUCAAGCUGCUGAGGUUAGCAUCAUCACGAGCGUCAAUGGAGGGGUUGCUUCUACCUGGACGGUGAUUGGAGGCACAACUGUUGGAAAUCCGUCAAAUGGGAGCGCAGUUCCAACGCCUGCUCUGACUCCAUCUGCAACAGAGACUGGCGCAUUCAGCGUAAUCACAAGCGUGGUUGGUGGUGUUGGCUCAACUUGGACGGUCAUCGGAGGUUCAACCCUCGCUAGAUCUCCAACUCUUAGUGCUACCCCCUCUAUCAUCACAAGCAUCAUUGGCGGUGUUGCUUCGUCGUGGACUGUCAUCGGGGGCUCUACCAUCUCCGUGAACCCCAGUGAGAUAUCACCGAGUCCGACGGUAUCUGGGGCAGCCACGGUAUUCACGAGUGUGAUAGGAGGGGUCGUGUCAACCUGGGUUGUUAUUGGAGGCUCGACUAUGGUGAACCCAACAAAUGCCACGGGCUCGACUCCUACACCGGCCACAACUGUGCCAAGCGCUACGACUGCUUCAUCUGAUCUGCCACCUGGUGCGAGCAUUGUGACCAGCAUCAUCGGGGGAGUUGCUUCUUCAUGGACGGUGAUCGGUGGCUCUACCAUCAGUCCGAUCGCAAGCCCACCUUCUGCUUCGGGCGAACUACCACCCGGCGCAACUGUCAUCACGAGCGUUAUUGGGGGCAUCGCCUCGUCUUGGACAGUAAUCGGAGGCUCAACCAUCUUCGCUUCGUCCGACGCCACAGCAGGGUCUCCCACGGCAACCGCUACUCCGACAGCCAUUACUAGUGUCAUUGAUGGUGUGGCUUCAACGUGGACAGUCGUCGGUGGUUCCACCAUUUUUGGUACCCUGACGCCAGGCUCUUUGAGUCUGAUAACACCGACAGCUGUCAGCCUGACCGGCGGCGCCACGUUCGUGAGCACUGUCAAUGGUACAGCCCCGACAGCGGGUAGCUCAUCAUCCACGACUGGGGUUUCAUCUGCGCCGGCGAGUACUUCGGCGACCUCAACCUCAACUUAUGACUCCGCUUUUACGGGUAUCUCGGUCAUUGUAGCGCAAAAUGCGACUUCGUGCUACGCCCUUCCAACACCUACAGCAUCGCUACAUGAGUCUCUCCUGAACGUCACUAACCGUACUCCUCCGUACAUCGACGCGUUCUACCUCAAUGAGACUACGCACUCCGUUCAGUACCUCCGCCUGAUAGACAAUGCCACCAACCCAGUUCUCGUCGACGUCUCCGACCCAUCAAGACUUGGAAUCCUUGACAAAGCCGGCAAUGUGCUCUCCAUCGACAGCGAGGGCUUGCACUUUGCCUCGGCAAAUUGCUCACCCAAGAUUGACGUCUUCAUCUCUGGUUUCUUCCAGCAACUGAACACCCUGACAAAUUCGACCUGUACAAACACUACUGAUAUCCCAGUAAACGGCACAGAUCCUCGCCGUCUUCCCGUUUUCAAAGGGACGUUGGCCGAGAUGGCACAAGACGCAUUCGACAUCACUCUCCAUCUCAAAGACCAGUGCGGUAAUCCUGCCCGUGCUGAUCUGCCAGUGUCAGUCGCGCUAGGUGAUACCCAAUGCAUUGUUCUCCCAGAUGCCACGGGAGACUUUGUUGCGAAUUGCGCAUUCCCGGGAAGCGGGAGCGGUUCCAUGGAGUGUGAGACGUCUGUUCAACAGACCCUGGAUCAUUUAACGCAGGGAUCUCUGGUGGGGAGUUGUCCACCUCUCACGUCGGUGUGGAAUCUGCUCUUCCAGCAACUCGGCAGUGUUAUCAACGUCGACGAGCUUCUGCAGCCCUUCAUCGAUGCUGGAUUACAACUUGGCUCUGAUGCCGGCAAGGGAAUCCUGGCUGUCAUUGACAGCUUUAUGAACCUUUACGAUUUCUCGGCCGCAACGUUCAAGAACUCGACUUCGGGCUCUGGAUCGGGUCUAGGUGAUAUUGUUGAGGGAUACGGUGUCACAACUAUCAAGACGGAAGUCUGCCGUUCUCUCAUCUCGACUGAGACGUUGAACCUCACUUUCACGGCUGGAACCUCCACUACACCCAUCUCACUCGCAAACAUAACGGCCCUACCCUCAUCAGGCCCAGAGUACGAGCGCAACAUCACGGACCCGACAGCACUUGCAUGCUGCCCGAAUGCAAACGCUUGCAUCGUGCAAGAUGGAGAACGGUUCUACCCACCCGAAGCCUCUAUCCCUGACUCUGACUGCCUCUGCGGCAAGACUCUGGAGGGCGGGGGUAUUGGGUUCCGGACGGGUAGAUGCGUUGGGGCCAUCCUCGUUACUGGUGCAACCGGCAAACAAGGCGGCGCCGUGAUUGAUGCACUUCUAGAGUCAGAAACCGGAAGCACCUACAAGAUCAUCGCCGUUACCCGCAAUGUUGCUUCUUCUAAAGCCAAAAGCUUAGCAUCUCGUGGGGUCAUUGUCAUCCAGGGCGAUCUCAACGACGUUCCCGCAAUCUUCUCUGACGCCAAAGCAGCAUUGAGCUCUUCUAAUACUGAGCUUUGGGGCUUAUUCAGUGUACAAACGGCCAUUGGCAAAGGAGCAUCGGCAGAACUCGAAGAAGCCCAAGGCAAAGCGCUAGUUGAUGCAGCUCUAUCCAACAAUAUCAAGUUCUUCACAUACAGCUCCAUCGACAGAGGCGGAGACGGCUCAUACGACAACUACGUCCCUAGUGUAUCUCACUUCGUCAGCAAAUAUCGCAUCGAGCAUCACCUGGUUGAGGAAGCGCGCGGCAAGAUGGAUUGGACCAUUCUUCGACCUGUUGCAUUUAUGGAAAAUAUGGAGCCGGGAAUGGGUACCAAGAUCAUGGCUACAUCGUGGCGCGUCGCGGUCAAGGAUAAGCCUCUCCAGCUGGUUUCUGUCAAGGAUGUAGGACGAGCCGCCGCGAAGGCCUUCCUUCAUCCCCAAGAAUUCGCCGGCAGGCAGAUUCCUUUGGCUGGUGACGAGCUUACGCUGGAAGCUGCUAGUGCUAUCUUCAAGUCUAAGAAGGGGACGGAAAUCCCAGAGACGUUCCAGUUUCUGGUUAGAUUCCUGCAUUGGAUGAUCCCCGAGUUCGGCGCCAUGUACAGAUGGUUCUACACUGAUGGCUUUGGGGUCGAUAUCGCGGCUGUGAAGCGAGAGAACUCCGGGAUGCUGGACUUUGGUUCUUGGGUGAAGAAAGAAUACGAUCAGGAUGGAAAGCGAGUUUAA